GGCUCCCAGGCUCUGGGACAAACCCAGACACGCCCAGUCCUGGACCCGCCCUUCGCUCCCGAAGUCUCAGCCCCUGGGCGAGGCCGGGAUCCCACAGCUUUCUGGUCUCCGGGACAACAGUGGUGACGCUGCACAUGCGCGCACGGAGGCUUCGCCACUCCCAAGAACCCCCGCGGCGUUGCGCGACGGGCGUGUCCAAUCCGGCGGCACCAGCGGACCGUGGGGCGCGCCCCGGGCGCUCCCCCAGUUCUGGGGCCGGUUUCCCCGCGGCGGGGCGGCCUGAGGUUCGGCUCGCGUGGGGGCGGGGCGGCCACGGCUCGAAACCGCUCCUGCGAGGGGCGGCUCGGGAGCUCGGCCCGGCGUCCACAGAUUGUGUCCUGCUGCUUUCCCUCCUGUCGCACCAGGACUCUGUGCUUCCUCUGAGAGGGCUCUGCCAAAGUGGGCCUAACAGGCCUUUCUGUUUUUAAUUCCAAUAUAAUUUCACUGUUGAAGCAUGGGAAGCUGCCCUGGAUAACAAACAGUAAGGGAAGAGAUGUUUCAGACGUGCAGAAAUUGAGGCUUCGCCAAGUUGAGUUCCUGUCGGGACAGUGAUCAUCCGCUGUGAUCACUCGGCACUUAUGUUGACUUUGUAACUGCGCGCCAGCUCAGAGACUGCAGGUGCGUCUCUCCUCCUUAUCUACGGGAAGGUUCUGUUAAAUCCCUGAUCCUCAUUCUCAUCAGCACAUCCUUCUUUUUGCAAUUGAUCUUAGGCAAGGCUCUGUGUGUUGUUACAAAGCCCUAUUCUUUGAUACGGCUGUUUGUUUCUUGCAAAAUGACCCAUCUCUCUGAUUGAGUGAAUAGAUGGAUUCCUCGAUCAUUUAGCCAGUAACUUUUUUUUUUUAACUAGUGACAUGUUACAGGCCCCCCAGAUCACCCCUCCUAAUGAUCUACGGGGCACAGUCACAGGAUUUGGCACAUAGUUGUGUUUAUGGCUGUGAGACGAGCCCCCAAGAGCACCCUCAUUUCCGAUACCAGUUGCAUAGUCGAGUCCUCAAGAUCAUGCUCAGGUUUGAUACUUUACUGGAAGGACUCAUAGAAUUUACUAGAAACGUCCAUAGUCUUGGUUACCGUUCCUUACAAUGAAAGGAUACAUAUUAAAAUCAGCCAAGGGGAGUUCCUGUUGCGGCUCAGGGGUACCGAAUCCAACUAGUAUCCAUGAGGUUGCAGGUUCGAUCC